CCCAUUCAUUCUGUACUACGUCCACAUUGUCCGGCUCGUGAGCGAUUAACAAAAUGGUGCCCUGCCUCCAAGCGCGUCCUCCGUGAUACCACCGGUCACUCUCUUGACCUUUCAGAUGAGUUUGCCGAGCGCAUCCAAUCAGUUCUCACAGCAGGAUUUGCCGAAAGCACUCUCGAAACAUAUGCUUCUGGCCUCCUCGCCUUCCAUGUAUUCUGCGACUCUCGCGAAAUUCCCGAACUUCAACGUGCACCCUGCAGCCUCGACCUCCUCCAAUCUUGGAUCGCAACCAUGGCCGGACACUAUGCAGGCACCUCAGUGAAGAACUACAUCUACGGUGUACGUGCUUGGCACAUCAUACAUGGCAUAGAGUGGAAAAUUGACAAAGCCCCAAUCGACACUAUGAUUCAAGGGGCGGAGCGUCUACAGCCCGAACGGUCUAAGCGGAAGAAAAGGCUUCCCUUCACCAUCAGUUAUAUUGAAAGCAUACUAACUGGAUUGGACCCUAACGAUCCUUUUGAUGCAGCCUGCGGAGGCUGCCUCACCACGAGUUUCUACUGUGCAGCCAGAGUCGGAGAACUCACAGUUCCCAAUCUGAAAGACUUCUCCGCCAACAAUCACGCUUAUGUCACCCCUUCGCAAGUCCACGAAACCUCUGAUCGAAAUGGCUUCAAGACUACCAUUCUACACAUCCCUCGCACCAAAUCUAACCAAUCUGAUGGUGAAGACAUCUACUUCUCCAAGCAGCUUGGCUCUUCGGACCCAGAUCGGUGGUUUCAAAACCAACUCAGAGUAAAUAACCCAGGACCCUCGGACCACUUGUUUGCCUACAAGCACCUCUCAGGAAGACACAUCUCACUCCGACCUCUAACCAAAUCCGCCUUCAUACGCCGCAUCCAAAAAAUUGCUCAAGCGAGGGGUCUUCCAGUAAUCCAAGGUCACGGAAUCAGAAUUGGUGCAACAUUGGAGUACCUCCUCCGAGGCGUACCCUUUGAUGCCGUCCGGGUCAUCGGGCGUUGGAAGAGUGAUGCCUUCCUCCUUUAUCUCCGCAAGCAUGCUGAAAUCAUGGCACCCUACAUGCAGCCAGAACUACAUCAAUCCCUCAUCCAAUAUUCCAUGCCCCCAGUUCGAUGUAAGUGCUCUCCUUCCACAUGGGUAUCCGCGGUUCGCUGGAUGCGUCGCGCACUCCUUCCAUUUGGGAAUCGCAGCUAA